AUGGAGGAAGAAAAUGGUACUUUUUGCCAAAUUCUUACAAAAAAGAUAUGGCGUGAUUCUCUCAUGAUAUGGAAUGAUAAACAAAUAGGGGAUGCACUAAACGAAGAUGAGAUUAAUAAAUUAUUUGACCAAUUUCUUGAGAAUUCUAAACACAUAAUUGAUAAAUCAAGAAUUAAUGAGACAAAAAAAAAUAUUAUUAUUGAAUCUUGCAUAAAGAAAUCUUUUACAGAACAACAAUUCGAAGAAUUGCUGACACAUAUUCUUGAGAAUAAUAAUUUAUUAUAUAAAGAAUCUGUAGAUGAAUAUAUAGAAAGUAAAUUCAUUAAUAAAUAUAAAAUUAUAGAAAUAUGGUAUAAAGCGAUCUCUUCAUUUUUUGAAAAAUCAGUUACAACAAAUGAGGAAGUAUUAGAGUUUUUCAUGCAAAUAUUUCAUGAUAAUAAUUCACUCAAUUCCAAUGAGUUGGCUUAUCUUAUCAAUCAACUUCGAACUUCUGAAGAUAGAAUAAAAUCUGAUCCUAUUAACAAAGACAAAAUGUGCGAGGUAUUGAAUAAAGCAUUUACAAUUUAUUUAGAUGAAUUAAUAUUAAAUUAUCAAGAAGGAAUUAAAUCUGUGACACAAUAUAUUCUAAAUGAAAAAUCACUUAACGAAUGUGAUAUUUCUUUUAUAAUUAAUUUAUUUCAAGAGUUUGAGAAUUCAUUGUUUAUUUGUUGUUAUGUUGAUUUAAAGAAAUUACAAGAAGCUGCAAAAAAUGUUUUGUAUAAACUUCCUGAUAUUCAUGAGCUGAAUACAAGAGAAAAGCAAAGUGAAUUUAUAAGAGAAACUAUUCUUAAAGACAAGUCUCUUUCAAUUUAUGAAAAGAUUCACAUGAGUAAAUUAUUUAAACCACAUGAGGAAUAUAUUAAAGUUGAUGAACCGGAUGAGAUUAAUGAUAAAAUACGCAGAUGUGAAAUUUGUCAAAAUAUGACAUAUGCUAGUCAAUACUGUGAACACUGUAUCCGUAAUUAUUUGCAACAACAUUUUAAUGAUUGGACAUCAGGAAAUGAUCAAAUCGAUCAAAUUAUUCAAUCAUGUCAAUUAGCAGCAAAAAGUCCAAGUAGAAUUAUUGAAUGGAUUCCAUAUGAAAAUAUUGAAAAAAUUCAAUUUUUUGCUAAAGGUGGUUGUGCCUCUAUAUAUAAAGGAUAUUGGAACCAAGGAUCAUUUGGAACAUGGAACGCAGAAAAACAAAUAUUAGAAAGAAAUGUAUUUGAAUUAGCUCACCAUAUAAUUCUUAAAAAGUUAGAAAAUUCAAGUAAAACAUUUAUAAAAGAAUUAGGUGAUGUUAUAACUAAACAUAAUAGGCUUCAAAACGGCGAAUUACGAAAGUUAAUUGCUUCUGAAUCGUCAAUGCGCAUUUCAUUAAUUAAUAAAAAGUCCAGUAGUAUUUAUAAUUUCAAGAAACUUCCUGAACCAAGAAAUGCUACUGCAG